CGUAAAUUUUGUUCUAAUUUCGCGAUCACGAUUUUUUAAUAAUUGUUAAUCGUUUCAGGCCCGGUUGCAGCAGCGUCACGUGAUUUUAAUUUAAUUCGCUCCUUUCUGAGGAAAAUAGAAAGAGAGGAAGAGUGAAUUAAGCUAAAGUUAAGCGGGGAAUUGGUGCAACCGAGCCUUAGGGAACUUUCGGAAGAAGCGAUCCUCCGAUUAUUUCAAGCGAUGCAUCUUGUAGGCCGAAAACAAGUGACUCGUAGCAUAGUAGAUCUGAACGUUACGUCUGACACCUUUGACAGAUAGCGCGAAGAUAUUUCGUUAUUAGCGUAAGAUACGCGAUUGAAAGUAUGCAAACGUCGCGCUGCCUCGACGCGAUCCGCACGACGGACUGUUAAUUUCUUGGAAUCUGUCGAUCUUGGCGGCCCGCUUCCCGCGAGAGAUGGACGCGUACACAUCUUUUCUCGUCGACUUCCUGGCGGGCGGUCUGUCCGCGGCGAUCGCGAAGACAGCGGUCGCCCCUCUGGAGAGGGUGAAACUGUUGCUGCAGGUGCAGCACACCUCGAGGCAGAUUAGACCCGAGCAGCAGUACAAGGGUAUGAUAGACGCGCUCGUUCGUAUACCCCGGGAAACGGGCUUUCUCAGUUUCUACCGGGGCAACCUCGCCAACGUUAUUCGAUACUUUCCGACUCAGGCGCUCAAUUUUGCGUUCAAAGACAAAUUUAAGGCGAUCUUCCUGGGAGACGUGCCGCCGGAUGCCUUCUGGCGACAGUUCGCUGGAAAUCUCGCGGCCGGCGGUGCCGCUGGCGCGACGUCGCUCUUAUUCGUUUAUCCGCUCGACUUCGCUCGCACCAGAUUGGCCGCUGACGUCGGGAGGGGCGAGAAACGGGAAUUUCAGGGUAUAAGAGACUGCAUAGUGAAGAUCUUCAAAUCGGACGGAUUUCUCGGGCUGUAUCGCGGCUUCAGCGUCAGCGUGCAGGGAAUCGUCAUAUACCGCGCGACGUACUUCGGAUUUUACGACACCAUGACGGGUAUGCUGUCCGAUCCGAAGAGCACGCCGUUGUACAUGAAUUUUAUAAUCGCCGAGAUAGUGACGACGCUGGCGGGUAUCGUGUCCUAUCCUUUCGACACGGUUCGCAGACGAAUGAUGAUGCAGUCGGGGCGAAGCAAGGCCGACAUGAUGUACAAAAAUACGCUGGACUGUUGGAUAAAGGUGACGAGAAACGAGGGUACCGGGGCUUUCUUCAAGGGCGCGUUCUCUAACGUUCUCCGCGGCACCGGCGGUGCUCUCGUCUUAACGUUAUACGACAGGAUCAAAGAUUCGCUUGAGAGGGUAAUCUUGAAAGGUGAAAAACCUUAGGAAUUCAGUUUCCUGCCGCAGCACACAAGAGUUCGUCUUAUAAAGUACAUGCGAUUGAGAGGCGUUCGGGAUUUAUACGUAAUCGUCUAAAGACUUUCAUCUAAGUGCAAUAAUAAAUAAUAUUAUUGAGAAGAACUUUAUCAAAAAUACAGAGAAAAGAUAAUCUCUGUUUUACCAUUGGUUUUCACAGCUUCGGGGCCGCUUUUGAGAAAACUGUUUUGAUAUCGUGGCGUCGAAAUUAUCGAAUCUUUCCCUAAAUUAGUCCUAUGGUCGCGUAUAAUCUAAUAGUGAAUCUGGUUGCUCGCACUAGUGCGCACUGAGGCUCGUCUACAGUCAAAUCUUAUAUUUAAAGAUCAUUUUAAAUA